AUGGCGAUCGAUGAACGUGAAGAACCGGUCGGUGUUGACCGGAGAAUGAAGAAGAAGGACGUCGGAGAAAUAGGGGAGAAGAUCGGUGUGGGGAAAAAGAGACAAGAAUGUGCAAAAUUCAGCACUUUUUUCUACCAAGGAGGAAAAUAA